AUGGAGUAUGUCAUGUCUUUUCUGAUAGGGUUAAAUGAAUCAUUUGCUCAAGUCAGAGGGCAAUUAGUCCUAAUAGAUCUUAUUCCUCCAAUAAAUAAAGUUUUCUCUCUUAUUUCUCAAGAGGAACAUCAAAGGAGUGUUAAUGCCAGCACCAAUAUCUCUAGUUCUACUGAUUCCAUGGCCUUUUAUUCCAAAGCUGAUCCCAAAAUGACUGAUACAGGACAAUUGCAUAAGAAGAAAAGGUGUAUAUGUACUUACUGCGAUUAUAUAGGCCAUGCUAUGGAUAAAUGCUACAAGUUGCAUGGAUAUCCUCCAAGAUAUAGAGAUGGCAACAUGACAGAUCAAACUCAGGGCAAUGUUGGAGACUUCAUACAGACUCUGAAUCCUGCAUAG